AUGUCGACGCCAGGCGGUCCCCCCAGCGACGCCGAGAUGCGCGACGCCGAACAGCGCACGCCCCUCGCACCGGCUUCUAAUCGAAACCAAUUGGCAGGAGCCUCAUCUCCGUUGGCUUUCCCUUCCAGCAGCCCCCUCAAAAGUCAGGCUUCCGGCAUGCGAGCACCUCAGAGCUCGAUCGGAGCUUCGUCUCCUCUUCACUUCCCCACAUCGUCUCCGUCAGCGAGGACUUCGAGAGGUCAGAGGACUCCUGUGGCCUCGGCGAGACGCAGUGGCAAUGCCGAGAACCGUCUGCCCUCCAGCAGCAGCGGCAUCAGCCGUCUCGAUGAGCCCCUCUUCUUCCCUAGCUCCGGCGGCACCACACCUCGCCACCAGCGUCGUGGCGAGAUCCAUUCGUCCGUCGCCCUCUCCUCCCCUUCGAUGCUUCGAAGGAACCGCCUCAACCAGGCGUCCAUGCAGGCCACUCAGGGCGGCGACACGAUGCCUUCGCGCGCAUCCUCUGUUUUUGGCGGCAGCCAGCACACCGCCGACCAGAACAGCGACGCCAUCAGCCUCUCCCAGCACGGCGUCACCAGCGAUGCCGCGGGCCCAGCACAAGACGGCGUCUCCAAGGUCAUCUGGGGCACCAACGUCUCGAUCGGCGAGACCAUGGAGAUGUUCCGUUCUUUCCUGCGCGGCUUCCGCCUCAAGUACAGGUGGGCGCACGCCAAGAAGAACGGCAUGCCGCUUCCGCCCGCCGCCUCGGCCAAUCCCGCCGAGGGCGAGCGCCUCGUCUACGAAGGCUACCUCCGCCGCAUGCGCAUCACCGACCAGACCAACCUCAACCUGCGCAUCUCGGACCUCGAGGCGUACCCUCCAUCCAAGAGGCUCAAGAUGCAGCUCAUCCGAUACCCGCAGGAGAUGGUGCCCAUCAUGGAUCAGGUGCUCAAGGACGAGAUGCUCGAGAUGGCCUACGAGGACCAGAAGGAGGGUCGCGACGGCAUGGGCGGCGACAUCGGCCUCGCCGAGAUCGAGCUCAUGGAGACCAAGCUGUACAAAGUGCGUCCGUACGGCGCCGACGCCAUCAACAUGCGCGACCUCAACCCGGCCGACAUUGACAAGCUCGUCACUGUGCGCGGCCUCGUCAUCCGCGCCACGCCGAUCAUCCCCGAGAUGAAGCAGGCCUUCUUCCGAUGCCUCGUGUGCAACCACACGGUGCCCGUCGAGAUCGACCGCGGCCGCAUCGCCGAGCCCGACCGCUGCCCGCGCCAGGUGUGCAACCUGCAGGGAUCCAUGUCGCUGAUCCACAACCGCUGCGAGUUUUCGGACCGCCAGGUGGUGCGCAUCCAAGAGACGCCCGACGUCGUGCCCGACGGCCAGACGCCGCACACGGUGAGCAUGUGCGCGUACGACGAGCUGGUCGACGUCAGCAAGCCCGGUGACCGCGUCGAGAUCACCGGCAUCUUCCGCAGCACGCCCGUGCGCGUCAACCCGCGCCAGCGCAGCCUCAAGAGUCUCUACAAGACCUUUGUCGACAUCCUGCACAUCAAGCGCACCAACGGCAAGCGCCUCGGCGUUGACCUCUCCACGCGCGACGCCUCCGAGCAGGCGGCUGGCCCGGGCGCACAGGCCGUCGGCGUCGGAGGCGACGAGGACGACGAGGAGGUCGACGUGCACACCACGCUCGGCGUCGCAGACGACGUCGACCUCUCGCGCAGCCAGGAUCUCGAGGACAAGCUGCGCUCCAUCGCCGACCGUCCCGACGUGUACGAGCUGCUCUCGCGCAGCUUGGCACCCAGCAUCUACGAGAUGGACGAUGUCAAGAAGGGCAUCCUGCUGCAGCUCUUUGGCGGCACCAACAAGACCAUCAGCACCGGAGGCGGCGGAGGCGGACCUCGCUACCGUGGCGACAUCAACGUGCUCAUGGUCGGCGAUCCGGGUAUUGCCAAGUCGCAGAUCCUGCAGUACGUGCACAAAAUCGCACCGCGAGGUGUGUAUGCCUCGGGCAAGGGUUCGUCCGCCGUGGGUCUCACCGCUUACGUGACGCGCGAUCCGGACACCAAGCAGCUCGUGCUCGAGUCCGGUGCGCUCGUGCUUUCCGACGGCGGUGUGUGCUGCAUCGACGAGUUCGACAAGAUGUCCGAGGCCACGCGCAGUGUGCUGCACGAGGUGAUGGAGCAGCAGACGCUCAGUAUCGCCAAGGCCGGCAUCAUCACCACGCUCAAUGCGCGUGCCUCGAUCCUCGCCGCCGCCAACCCGACGGGCUCGCGAUACAACGUCAACCUGCCCAUCACCAAGAACAUCGAUCUGCCGCCCACGCUCAUCAGUCGUUUCGACCUGGUCUACCUCGUGCUGGACAAGAUCGACGAGGCCAACGACCGACGCCUUGCGCGCCAUCUGGUGAGCCUGUACCUGGAGGACAAGCCGGAUACGGGCGGCAAGGAUGUGCUGCCGAUCGAGACGCUCACUGCCUACAUCUCGUACGCACGCAACCGCAUCUCGCCCGUGCUCACCAAAGAGGCAGGCGACGCGCUCGCUGCGCGCUACGUCGAGCUGCGCAAGGUGGGCGAAGACCCACGCAAUGCCGAGCGCCGCAUCACCGCCACUACGCGACAGCUCGAGUCGAUGAUCCGUCUCUCCGAGGCACAUGCGCGCAUGCGCUUCGCCGACGAGGUCAUCAUCGACGACGUCGAGGAGGCCGCACGUCUCAUCCGCGAGGCAGCCAAGUCCUCCGCCACGGACCCGCGAACGGGCCUGAUCGACCUCGACCUCAUCAACACCGGCCGCUCGUACCACCAGCGCAAGCUCGCCGGCGACCUGCGCCGCGAGGUGCUCCAGCUGCUCGACGAGAUGGGCAGCACCUCUGGCAGGGCCACCUCUCCGUCGGGCCCUUCGCCCACCGCGCCCACCAAGGCGGUGCGAUACGUCGACCUCGCCAAGGCACUCAACGACCAGUCGUCCGUGCCGGUCGACCCAACCGACCUGUACGAGCUCGUGCGUACGCUCGAGAGCGAGGGCGUCGUCAAGACCGCCGGCGAGCGCGAACGCAAGACCGUGCGCCGCAUCAACGCCUAG